AUGUCUGCUGUCGGUGAGUUUGUUCCACCUCCGGAAUGUCCUGUUUUUGAGCCAAGUUGGGAGGAUUUCUCGGACCCUCUUGGGUUUAUCAACAAAAUCCGACCCAUCGCCGAGAAAACUGGCAUCUGCAAGAUCAGACCCCCGGAGGACUGGCAACCUCCGUUUGCUUGCGACGUGCGUCACUUCCGGUUUACGCCGAGAGUACAAAGAUUAAAUGAACUUGAGGCGCUUACUCGUGUGAAGCUGAACUUUCUGGAUCAAAUUGCAAAGUUUUGGGAGCUACAAGGGUCGAAGAUUCGUUUCCCACAUGUGGAGCGAAAGGUCCUGGAUCUCUAUCAACUCAGCAAGGUCGUGUCUUCCGAAGGUGGCUUUGAGACGGUGUGUAAAGAGAAGCGGUGGUCCAAAGUGAGCAGCCGAAUGGGUUUCCCACAAGGGAAAGGCACCGGCUCGCUUCUACGGUCUCACUAUGAGAGGAUCCUUUACCCCUAUGAGCUCUUCCAAUCUGGAGCCUCGCUCACUGGCCUCCAGCAACUAUACGAGGAGGGAGAUGACUGCGAGGAAGUGGACGAGGGAGUUGGCGAGGAGGCAGCAGAGGACGAUGACCAAGAGGAGGAUGAAAGGAAAGAUGCCGAGGUUGACACCGCGCAGACAAAAGAACGUCCUCUGGCGGAAAGACGCUCAAGGCGCCUUAAAUCGGAGAGGGAAAACAAAGAACCAAAAGGCCUCAAACUCUUUGGCGCCGCUCCCAAGAUGGUCGACCUUGAAAUUGUGCCGGCAGAUGACGGCUACCACAAGAAGCACCGUCACCUGAAAGCUCAAGCCUUCGCUAUCAAAAUGCGACCGCGCAAGGAGACGCUCGAAGUGAACUUCAUCGACCUCUACUUCUGCCUGAUGUGCGGACGGGGCGACGAGGAAGACCGCUUGCUGCUGUGCGACGGCUGCGACGACAGCUACCACACCUUCUGCCUGAUCCCGCCCUUGCACGACGUGCCGAAAGGCGACUGGCGCUGCCCCAAGUGUGUCGCGGAGGAGUGCAGUAAACCCAGAGAGGCGUUUGGUUUUGAGCAGGCUGUUAGGGAAUACUCGCUACAGAGCUUCGGGGAAAUGGCCGACCAGUUCAAGUCGGACUAUUUCAACAUGCCUGUCCAUAUGGUACCCACUGAGUUAGUGGAGAAAGAGUUUUGGCGCCUGGUUAGCAGCAUCGAAGAGGACGUCAUCGUGGAGUACGGGGCCGAUAUUAGCUCCAAGGACGUGGGUAGCGGUUUCCCAGUUAGGGAUGGCAAGAGGAGACUCCUAGGAGAUGAAGAGGAGUACGCCAACUCCGGCUGGAAUCUGAACAACAUGCCAGUUCUGGAGCAGUCGGUACUCACUCACAUCAACGUGGACAUAUCUGGCAUGAAAGUGCCUUGGCUCUACGUGGGCAUGUGUUUCUCCUCCUUCUGCUGGCACAUUGAAGACCACUGGAGUUACUCCAUUAAUUUCCUGCAUUGGGGAGAGCCCAAAACCUGGUAUGGCGUUCCGGCGUCAGCGGCAGAGCAGUUGGAGGCGGUCAUGAAAAAGUUGGCUCCGGAGCUGUUUCAAUCACAGCCGGACCUUCUCCAUCAACUGGUCACCAUCAUGAACCCUAACAUCCUUAUGGAGCAUGGUGUACCUGUGUACAGGACCAAUCAGUGUGCAGGAGAGUUUGUGGUUACCUUUCCACGAGCUUACCACAGCGGCUUUAACCAAGGCUACAAUUUCGCAGAAGCUGUUAACUUCUGCACUGCCGACUGGCUACCCAUGGGCCGUCAGUGCGUGGCUCACUACCGACGCCUGCGCCGCUACUGCGUCUUCUCGCACGACGAGCUGCUGUGCAAAAUGGCCGCCGAUCCGGAGAGCCUGGACGUGGAGCUAGCGGCAGCCGUCGUCAAGGAGAUGGGGGAAAUGAUGGACGAGGAGACUCGGCUGAGGAAGGCAAUCCAAGAAAUGGGGGUGCUGUCAUCCGAGCAGGAAGUGUUCGAGCUGGUCCAAGAUGACGAACGUCAGUGCCACAAGUGCAAGACUACCUGCUUCCUCUCCGCCCUCACUUGCUCCUGUUCCGAUCGUCUGGUUUGUCUUCAUCACGCGGAAGAUUUAUGCGACUGCCCUCUCAGCAACAAGUGCCUCAGGUAUCGCUAUGAUCUGGAAGAGUUUCCAGCUAUGCUCUACGGUGUGAAGAAUCGCGCACAGUCGUAUGACACGUGGGCGAAAAGGAUUAACGAGGCCUUGUCUGCAGAACAGAAGAACAAGAAAGAUCUAAUCGAGCUCAAGGUUUUGUUGGAGGAUGCGGAGGACAGGAAGUACCCCGAAAAUUUACUUUUCCGUCGCCUCAGAGAGAUGGUCAAAGAGGCGGAGACUUGCUCCUCUGUAGCUCAGAUGUUGCUAAGCCGCAAGCAGAGACACAGCACCCGGCUACGUUCUGAAAGCAGUCGGAGCCGCAGCAAGCUCACUGUGGAUGAGCUAAAGGGUUUCGUGGAGCAACUUUACAGGCUGCCUUGCAUUAUCAGCCAGGCCAGACAAGUCAAGGAGUUACUGGAGAAUGUAGAAGACUUCCACGAACGGGCCCAGAUGGCGCUUGCUGACGAACUGCCCGAUUCGUCCAAGUUGCAGGCCCUUUUGGACCUUGGUAGCGGCCUGGAUGUGGAGUUACCUGAGCUACCUCGUCUUAAACAAGAGCUCCAGCAGGCGCGCUGGCUCGAUGAGGUGCGCAUCACCCUGACGGAGCCUCACCGCGUCACCCUGGAACUGAUGAAGAGGCUAAUCGAUUCCGGGGUUGGUCUGGCGCCCCACCAUGCUGUUGAGAAGGCCAUGGCUGAACUGCAGGAGAUCCUUACGGUCUCGGAGAAAUGGGAAGACAAGGCCCGCGCUUGCUUGCAGGCUAGGCCCCGACACAGCAUGGUGACCUUGGAAAGUAUCGUCUUGGAGGCCAGGAAUAUUCCGGCAUACCUACCUAAUAUUUUGGCUCUACGAGAAGCUUUGCAAAAAGCGAAAGACUGGACUGCAAAAGUGGAUGCUAUUCAGACUGGUACUAGCUUCGCUUACCUGGAGCAACUGGAGACCCUUCUGGCUCGAGGUCGUUCCAUCCCGGUACGUCUCGAUCCACUGGCCCAGGUGGAGUCUCAGGUGGCUUCGGCAAGAGCCUGGAGGGAGAGGACCGGUCGCACAUUCCUGAAGAAAAACUCCACUUACACGCUACUACAGGUACUCAGUCCUCGCGUGGACAUCGGCGUGUACGGUAACAGCAAGAGCAAGCGCAAGCGAGUGCGUGAGCUCAUGGAGAAGGAGCGAGGAGGCUUCGACCCCGACGCCUUGAGCGACCUGGACGAAAACCUGGAGGAGGCGCGAGAACCCUCCGCCGUCGUUGCCGCUUUUAAAGCCAAAGAGCAAAAAGAGGUGGAGGCCAUCCACUCCUUACGCGCAGCCAACCUAGCCAAGAUGGCCAUGGCCGACCGCAUCGAGGAAGUUAAAUUCUGCCUCUGUCGGAAGACUGCCAGCGGCUUCAUGUUGCAGUGCGAGCUGUGCAAGGAUUGGUUCCACGGGGUGUGCGUACCCCUGCCCAAAACGGGAACGCAGAAAAAACUUGGCACUGGUUGGCAGAGCAAUAGCAAGGACUCCAAAUUUCUAUGCCCGCUGUGUCAACGGUCUAGGCGGCCGAGGUUAGAGACUAUCUUGUCUCUGCUGGUGUCGCUACAGAAGCUUCCAGUGCGGCUACCAGAAGGAGAAGCCCUCCAGUGUUUAACUGAGAGGGCAAUGAGCUGGCAGGAUCGGGCCCGUCGAGCUCUUGCCACGGAGGAACUGUCAUCCGCCCUCGCGAAGCUCUCCGUGUUGAGCCAGCGCAUGGUGGAGCAAGCUGCCCGAGAGAAGACUGAGAAGAUCAUAAACGCCGAGUUGCAGAAGGCUGCAGCCAACCCUGACUUGCAGGGUCACAUCCAGACCUUCCAGCAAUCAGGUUUCAGCAGAGCCACGUCACCUCGGCAGUCCGUGGACUAUGACGAUGAGGAGACAGACUCUGAUGAGGACAUCAGGGAGACGUACGGUUACGACAUGAAGGAUCCAGGGGAAGUGAAGCCUUACCUCUUCUGUGACGACGAGAUACCUGUAAAGUCCGAGGAAGUUGUUAGUCACAUGUGGCCGACUGCCACGCCUUCGUUCUGCGCUGAACACGCGUACUCCUCAGCUUCCAAGUCCGUUGUACAAAAUGUGGGAACGCCACGAAAGCAGCCCAGGAAGACACCACUGGUUCCUCGCAGUCUGGAACCACCAGUUUUGGAGCUGUCGCCGCAAGCUAAGGCUCAGCUGGAAGACCUGAUGAUGCUAGGUGACCUGCUGGAGGUGUCUCUGGAUGAGACUCAGCAUAUCUGGAGGAUCCUGCAGGCCACGCAUCCUCCUUUGGAGGAGAGGUUCCUGCAGGUUAUGGAGCCUGAUGACGGUCCAAUCGGAAAGUCUCUGAAAAUCAAGAUCAAAGAUUCCGAGAGGAAAAGGAAACGGAAGUUGGAGCGAGCCGAGCACCACCACCACCACAUGCUCAUGUCCUCCGCCGGUGGAGCCGGGACGCUAGGCGGCGUGCGGUCGUCCAAGUCCAAGGAACUGAAAAGGACCGGCCUAGAACUGGGACUCGGGGGCAAACCCAAGAAAAAGAAACUGAAACUCGGCCUGGACAAGAACCGAGAGAUGAAGCAGCUAGCUAAAAGGUUAGCCAAGGAGGAGAAAGAGCGGAAGAGGAAGGAGAAAGCAGCCGCCAAGGCCGAGGCUAUCAGGGAGGGGUUGGAGAAGCGAAAGGAGAAAAAAAUUCUGGACAUUCCCUCCAAGUACGAAUGGUCCGGAGCCGAAGACUCCAAUGACGAGAACGCCGUAUGCGCGGCUAAAAACUGCCAAAGACCGUGUAAAGACAAGGUGGACUGGGUGCAGUGCGACGGAGGCUGCGACGAGUGGUUCCACCAGGUGUGCGUGGGCGUCUCGUGCGAAAUGGCCGAAAAUGAAGACUACAUCUGCGUGGACUGCUCCCUAAAAGCCGCGGGAUCCCGCUCGGCCGAGGCGGAACCGGCCCAGGAAACCGUGGUGAUGCUAGCCACGCCGAACCUGCUAGCGACAACCGGCACGUCGUGGUCCCGCACCGCCGUGCAUCUAAACCCAGCAGAGGAACCUCACAACAGUUAG